GGCGAUUUAGUGACGUCAUGUUGAAGCAGAAGAGAUAAGACAGUCAAAAAAGUGAAGUUCUGUUUUCUAAUAUAUUUGCAGCCCGUACGAGUACUUCUUCGUUAACUACGUAAUUUUGAAAAUGUCGUACGCGUACCUUUUCAAGUACAUCAUCAUCGGGGAUACAGGGGUUGGCAAAUCAUGUCUUCUUCUUCAAUUUACGGACAAGAGAUUCCAGCCAGUUCACGACCUAACAAUAGGUGUUGAGUUUGGUGCCCGUAUGAUUACAAUUGAUGGAAAGCAAAUCAAGCUCCAAAUUUGGGAUACUGCAGGUCAAGAGGCAUUCCGUUCUAUUACGCGUUCGUACUAUCGUGGAGCAGCGGGAGCUUUGCUAGUGUACGAUAUUACACGAAGGGAAACAUUUACUCACUUGGCAACUUGGUUAGACGAUGCACGGCAACAUUCGAAUUCUAAUAUGGUAAUCAUGUUAAUCGGUAAUAAAAGUGAUCUGGAAAAUAGACGCGAAGUGAGGAAAGAAGAAGGCGCAGAUUUUGCAAGAGAACAUGGACUUGUUUUUAUGGAAACCAGUGCAAAGACAGCAAUCAAUGUAGAGGAAGCAUUUAUUAACACAGCAAAAGUAAUUUACGGGAAAAUUCAAGAGGGUGUAUUUGACAUUAAUAACGAGGCAAACGGCAUAAAGAUCGGACCACAGCAUUCGCCAACGAGUGCUGGUGGUUUAGCGGGUACCGGUGGACAAGGAAAUGCGCAAGGUGGUGGGUGCUGCUAGGGGCUGGGGGUUGCCUGUCCACCGCUUCAUCCUUCUCCAGUUUAAAUUACUCUUUCUACACCCAGUCCUCAUUUUAUUCUCAACCAGUUAUUUUGCAUAUGUUUUCUCGCGCGUGUCGCAUUAUAAGGUAACAGGACUAUUGGUGUAUUUAUUAUUUAAAAAAACGUAUACUCUUACUGAAUAGGAAUAUUAAUAAGGUAAAGUGUUAUAUACUCCUUAAAUCUCGAAACUUAAUAAAAUUUUAAUUUACAGAUUCUUGCUGAUGUUAGUUUAAUUUUUUAAGUACUAUUUGUUACAUGGUUUCUAUAUUUGAUUUUAGAUAGCAGCAUAGUAAUACUUACUUCUCUUUAUUGCAUUCGAGUAGUCGAGUUUUUUAACAUAUAUAGAUAAUCUUUCAGUUUAAAUAUUCGCAAGAAAUAAUUAGAAAUAAAUAGAUGUUACUUUAUUAACUUAAUACUACAUUUCAUUCUUAUUUAUUCAAACAGAAUAAUUUAAGUUUUAUUGAUAAUGUGUCAAAAACGAGGGUCAAAAGUUAACAUAUUGGAUAUUGAUAAAGCGGGAAAGGAUAGGCACUUUCAUUCGGUGUUUUGUAUUUGUUCACGUGUAUAUUGUAUGUAUUGUGCACUAAUCAUGGAAAUCUGAUUUAAUUUAAUAAUGGAUCAUAGUUGGUAAUACACAAAUUGAAGUGAUUUAUCAAAGAUAUGAUUUUCAUUUGACUACCUAAGGCGACAUCAUGUAUAUGUAUGUAUCAAUGUAUGAAAUGACGAAUACAUAAAACAUAUAAAUCAA